UACGGAAAUGUCAUUUCAAUAAGAACCUUCAUUCAAAAUUCAAAAUUAAAAAAUGCAAAAUUUUUUUUUCGUUGCGUAAAAAAGAAGCUUCUUGUGCUUUUUGAAAAUCAAGUCACGAUGUCGAGGCCACAAAUUCGGGUCAAUCGGCCCAUGAACAAUGUGAGUUUUCCGGGUGAAGAGGUACGAAACUUUCGGAAUGCGUAUCCUGAGGCUCGCAAGGACACUGAGGUGGAAGAAAUGAUUCAUGAAUAUCGAAUCAGGGAUGUUUACCGUUGGCUUGAAGAUCCCGAUUCGACAGAAACGAAGAUGUUUGUCGAUGCCCAGAACAGCAUCAGCCAACCGUUUCUGGAGAGAUGCCAUGAGAGGAAUAUGAUUGAUACAAAACUGACUAAGCUCUGGAAUUUUCCGAAAUACGGAUGUCCCAUGCGUCACGGUGACUUUAUCUAUUUCUUCAAGAACACUGGCCUCCAGAAUCAAAGUGUUUUGAUUCAACAGGAGACUCUGGAGGGCCCGGAGGUUGUCUUUCUCGAUCCCAACAGCCUAUCCGACGAUGGGACAAUUGCUUUAAGCCAGCAGAAAUUCUCUGAAGACGGGGCUUAUAUGGCUUACGGACUGAGUGAAAGUGGCUCAGAUUGGAAAAAAAUACGCAUUCGCAAGACUAAGGAACGCACGGAUUUUCCAGAGGUCCUAGAGAAGGUAAAGUUUUCGGAUCCCUCCUGGACGAAGGACAACAAGGGCUUCUUUUAUGGCCGAUAUCCCGACCAAAAGGGGAAAACUGAUGGAUCCGAGACGAAGCGGAAUGAAAACCAAAAGCUUUAUUAUCAUCGUGUGGGGGAGAGUCAGGAUAAAGAUACAUUGGUGGCAGAGUUUCCGGAACAUCCGUCCUGGCACUUUCAGACCAAUGUUUCCGACUGUGGAAAAUACUUGAUUAUAUGCAUUGGCCACACCGUCCGGGAUAACCUGGUGUACUAUGCCGACUUGAAGGAGGGACAGGAGAUCAAUUCUAAGCUGACGGUUAAGCCGAUUGUUGACAAAUUUGAGGCCGACUACGCUUACAUAACCAACGAGGGAUCGAAAAUGUAUUUCCAUACUAACAAAGAUGCACCCAAAUAUCGGGUGGUGAUCAUCGACUUUGCGAUUCCCGCCGAGAAAAACUGGAAAACUCUGAUACCCGAACAUAAGACGGAUGUUCUGGAUUGGGCAAAGUGCGUUAAUGAGGACAAGCUCGUGGUUUGCUACAAUCGGGAUGUGAAGAAUAUUCUGCAAGCCUUUGAGUUGAAAACUGGAACACUUAUCCGACAAUUCGGCUUGGAUAUUGGAACUGUAAAUGCAAUUUCAGGCAAAAGGAAUUCUUCGGACAUUUUCUACAGCUUCUCAUCAUUCCUGACGCCAGGCAUAACCUAUCACUACGACUUUGCCAAUCCGAUGGAAAAGCCCAAAGUCGUGAGAGAAAUCGCGCUAAACCUAGAGGGCUUUAACCGGGAUGAUUAUGUGGUGGAGCAAGUGUUUUAUAAGAGCAAGGAUGGUACUCGCAUUCCCAUGUUUAUCGUACGAAAGAAAAGGACCAUUCUACAGCCUCGACCAUGUUUGAUGAGCGGAUAUGGUGGAUUUAAUUACAGUCUAAUGCCGUCCUUUGGCAUCACUGGCCUGAUGUUCAUGGACACAUUCGACGGUAUCCUGGCCUUUCCCAACCUCAGGGGAGGUGGCGAGUAUGGCAUCAACUGGCACAAUGGCGGAAGAUUGUUGAACAAACAAAAUGUAUUCGACGAUUUUCAGGCUGCUGCUAAGUUCUUGGCUCAGAACAAUUACACCACAAAGGAUCGUCUGGCCAUACAGGGUGCCUCCAACGGUGGUCUCUUGGUGGCUGCCUGCAUCAAUCAGCGUCCGGAUCUCUUUGGAGCAGCAGUUGCCCAAGUUGGAGUCAUGGACAUGCUGCGGUUUCACAAGUUUACCAUAGGACACGCCUGGUGCUCGGACUAUGGCAAUCCCGAUGAUAGGGAGCACUUUGCCAACCUGUUCAAAUACUCACCCUUGCACAACGUUCACUUUCCAUUGAACCCGAACGAGGAGUAUCCUGCCACCUUGAUCCUGACGGCGGAUCACGACGAUCGCGUGAGUCCCUUGCAUUCCCUCAAAUUUACGGCUGCUCUCCAGGAAGCCGUGCGGCAUUCGGAAUACCAACUUAAUCCCAUUCUGCUAAGAGUUUACACCAAUGCUGGCCAUGGAGCUGGAAAGCCAACUAAGAUGCGCAUUAGCGAGGUCACGGAUAUAAUGACAUUCUUCAAAAAGACCCUCAACAUUGAUACCUUCAAUCUUUAGUGAACCAUUAUAAAUUUCAUGUAAAUGAAGUAUACACAAAAUAAUGACUUAUUGAGUUUA